GAAACAAUUCUGCACCAGCACAUUGCUGGGCGUGAAAAUUCCCAGGACAGUGCAAUUGCCCUGGAUGAGGACAACGACGAGGACGAGGAAGUAGGAAGUGGCGAUCAGCAUAACGACGACGGUAAUGAAGUGGAUAUGGAAGUUGGGGAUCAUCAUGCAGGACCGCGACAACAAACUUGGUGAUAACGACGACGACGACACGCCGAUGGAUGGUCAUGACAUCUCCCCCGCCGGUGAUGUGGAAGUCACUGCUGGUCAACCCUCGACGUCCCGUGGGAUCUCGCAGUCGCAAAGCAAGAGAGGCGUGACCUCCUCGGAAAAACAGCGGGGGGGGCGAUCUGGCGGUCAUGGCGGUGGUCGUGGUGGCGGCGGUCAUGGCGGCGCAAGGAAAAACUCGCAGAGGGUGAGGCCACAAGAACUGCGGGAAUCGGGGGAUGAGGGCGAGGAAGUGGAUCCUCGCAUGCCCAAAGAUGUUGAUGAGCCGGUUCAGCACGUCGCGCCCAUCGACACAACGCGUUGUUUCUUCCUCGAGUACAACGAGCAAGGCUUCGCUACGCAAGACGUCCAUGCUGUUCACAUGAAGAUUCUUUACAACCACCACUCGUUAUCUGAAAACAUUGUGCGAGGCAUCGAGACUACCAUCGAAAGUUUCAUCACCACGGAUCCGGGGGCGUGGGAUAGGCCCGAGCUCGUGCUUGCACCGGUUGACCCGAACGACAUCGUCGGCGUCCAGGGAAGGCGGAUCACGCUGGCCGACUUCUUCGAAAGGGACUCCGCAGAGUUCGAUUGGUACGCUAUAGCUGGUCAUCAUAUCGUUGAGGCCAUGAAGAGAUUGGUCAGAAAGGAUUCCCCGACAGUUAAAGUCUAUGGCCUCCUCGCGUACUCUAAGGUGCGGGUCGUCUAUUUCGAAGAUGACCAGACGCCAGGGUAUUUCAAUGUCUCCGCCUUCGACAACACACGCGAAAAUUGCGCCAUGAUAUUGCCAUUCGAGGAUGUUGUCCGUGACAUGAGGCAAUGGUGGAUCGAUAACAACAGAAUCGAGGCCCCCAAAGCCAAGGUCAGCGAGAAGGAUGAGGUCGUCGUUGCGCACCAGAAGAAGUGGCAGAACUUCGUAAGGGCCUCCAUGGGGAAGGCAUGCGACAAGGCGUUUGUGAAGCAGACCCUCGAGAAUGAGUACAUUGCAUUGCUCCUGCUCAUCAAGGGGAAGGUGGUCGCAACGAACGUCAAGGUCACGCCUCCAAGAGUGAACACCGAGUGUCUCCUCGACAUCAUGCGCAAGGAGCGGUACAUGGUUCGUAUGUUCAACUACGUUCUGUUCCGCGCCGAGGGAAGGGCGGAUGAUGAAUGGAAUGAUGCCUUCUUCAUAUCCUACAAGGACCUCGAAGACAGGUAUGGACCAAACAGUCUGUGCGCAGUUGAAUGGGAGAAGGAACAGGACAAGCUGCAUGUUAACAAAGUGAAGCCGGUCCCUCGACAGCUUGGAGGAGUGGAGGAUGCAAGGCAAGGUGCGGGCUUGGGGCCUACAGCGGCAAUGUAUAAGGAGGCUCCGUUUCACUUUAAGGUGUUCAUAUACACCGCGAUCGAUAAGCUCGAUUUGCUUUGGGUCGAGGUGAAACGGAUUGCCUCCAGCGCACGUCAUAUUGUGUGGGACAAACUUGACACACAAGCGACAUUGCCACCUGUGUGCAUGCCAUCGAAGGAAGUGUUGGCAGCGCCAGAAGAUAUCGUCGCAUCAGCGCAAAAAAUGACAUGCAGGGCCGCCAUCGUGGACAUCUCAUCCUCGAACUUCAGCACGGCGUGGGCCUCUCAGGAAUUUGAUGCGCCGCACGCAUUGAUGACCAAGUGUUGUGCCCAGAAUUGAGUCUUUAUCUUCUUUGCACCGCAGAAGGUGCAACGCGAUGUUCUGGGUUACUUGUUC